AUGGAAGUGCUCCCGUCUUCACGUCUGGACCUACACACUGAUUCCGAUUCGACGGAGUGGGGUGCCGCGUGCUCGUUCCCGCUCGACUCUAUGUCCAUCGCCUCGCCGUCUCCCUCUCCCCUCCUCUCCGCUACCCCCCGCUCGCCUAACACUCCACCACGAAGCCCUUCACUCUCUUCACACGGCGACGCCGACCUCCACGAGAACGAAGAAGGUGACAGCCAUGGCCACGCCACCAUCGUCACCCCUUCGCCCGAACCGAUCGCCCCUCUUUCCUCGUCUGCCUCAGAUAGCUCCGAGGAGAUUGUGGCGCACAGUUACCUGUCAACGGAGCCCCUGCUGCCACCACCGCACGGCCUGCCACCGCCGCCCGUGCCCCCAUCAUCGCCUGCCGCACUUGCCUCCGCUCCAGCCGCGUCUUCGUCGCAGGCCACGGAAGAGCCGCCGGUGCCUCUGCUGGCUGCCGCCACGCAGUUGCCGCGGCUCGAUCUGGAGUCGCUGAUGGGCAGCCUGACUUCGCUGUCGUCGCUCAGCUGCCUCUCGUCCCUCUCGUGCCUCACCGCUCUCUCAUCGCUUUCGGCGCUUUCCGCCCUCUCGUCCCUCUCCUCGCUCGCCGCGCUGGCGCCCGGCCAUGCUCACGCCGGCCCGGCCCCGCCCGCGACCCCCGUCAUCCCACCCUCGCUCGCCUCGCUCAUCUCCUCGCUCGCGGCCCCUCCCACACACUACUCUCACCACCACCACCACCACCACCACGCGCCAGCGCAGAGCGCGGUCGUGUUCGCUGCCGCCCCGGUGCCGUUCACGCAGCUGCCGAGCCAACAGCAGUCGACGAUCAACAAGUCACCGCGCUCGCUGCUCACCGAAGCUUUCGCCUCCGCAACUCCGGCGCCUGCUGAGGACGUGCUGCCCGGCAAGGUGGAGGAUGGGACCUUCCACGCGUUGUGCUCGGAGCAGGGGGAGAUGGACGCCGCAGCGGCGGCGGCGGCGAUGACAGGGUCUGUUCCCGUCUCGGUCGAUGCCAAACGGCGCCAGGCGCUGCUGCAGCUCCCAGCGCCCUCACCCUCGCCUUCGCUGCUGUUGCCGCCCUCGCUGGCC